UGUUCUCCCAAUGAAUAGGUGUAAUUAGCCAUUGGAUGAAGUGAUCGCGCAAACCCCCAGAGUACCCAACACUGGCUGGCCGGAAACCAGAAUGUACUUAGAAUCUUUUGUAUUUCAAAUGAUUGAUUGAGGCGUGUCAUUGAAGCAUCAACUCGUCCAGAACUAACACACCAGAGCAUACCAAUGCGUACUAGUGCGCAGGGCCAAUUACGGGACAUGUUUGUUAUACUAGAAGUGUAAUCUCCCAUACUGACACUACAGAGGGAGGCGGACGGUUCUCUUGCUAAACCACAGGGCUAUAACGCAUCAUUACGGACCGGCUAGUAACGCAUAGUGAUUUAAGUGAACCUUGGAUUCCGUAAAUUAUCGAAUUGGCUUGUGUUCAACGCAGAAUAAUUAUGGCCCACGGGGCAGACUACGAGUCUGCUAUUGACUGAGAAGCGAGUAACUCGGGGCCCCUGGGCGAAGAUAACGUUAAAGGAUUGUUCUCCUCUCCGCUUGUUUCAGGCAGUUGGGAUUCAAUGUGUAUGGAUGACUGUCAUGCAAGUUGUUAAGCGACACAUGGACUUAUCGCAAUGACGGCUCUUCGAGCUUGGUGGAUUCUGGGGACUUAUUUAGCGAUCUGUGCGCCUUCCGUUCAACCAGGUCUUUCGCAGCCAAAGUUUACCAAAGCCGUCAAAUCCAGCUACCAAGUCAAGCUUGGCGAAUCCGCGCGCCUUAAAUGCCGGGCCAGCGGUGUACCACCACCCUACUCAUACUGGCUUAAAAACGGGUUGCCUGUGGUGCCGUCUCAUCGGAUAAGGAUAGUGAAGAAUCGUUAUUUAAAGAUCAAAUCCACGGUGCUAGGAGACGCUGGAGAGUAUAUUUGCGUAUUCAACAACACCUAUGGGGAGAUCAAUGCCUCCAUUCAUCUUGACGUAAAAGCAACCCCAGAAGAGAUUUCCACAUCUAACGGGCACUUUCCUCCGAGACCUACAGUUUCCUCCAGCAUAUUAAGAGGAGCCGGUAAUCGGAGUACAGUCAUUUCAGGCUCGCCGACUAAAAAUGGAGAACCACCACGAUUUCUAGACUGGAACAAGAUGAAACGGGCAUUUAUCGCCUGGCCCGCCUCACAUUCCAUGAGACUACGUUGCCAAGCAACAGGAACACCUCCCUUACGGUACCACUGGUUGAAAGAUGGAAAAGAGAUCAAAGGACGCCGCCUGGAUCCGUACAUGAACACGACGUUGUGGUUUUUUAGAUUGAAGGAUCUGGUUCCAACAGACACGGGAAAGUACACAUGUAUUGUGUCUAACGCGUACGGAUCGAUUAAUCACACGUACACACUAAGAGUUAUAGCCAAACCUCGAUCAAGACCAAUCUUGCAAAGAAACCUUCCCCGGAAUACAUCAAUUGAACUCGGUGGCAACGCAACGCUUGAUUGCAUCGUUGUCGUCAGUGGGACAUUACCUGACUUUAGAUGGCUGAAAUGGGACAAAGUACCCAGCACUUACCCCGAACUGGAUCUCAACAACGGUUCAUAUACAUUGAUAGACCCUGUGUACUACAGAACAAUUGAAGCAGGGGAGACAUACGGAGUCCAGCUAACGGUUGUUAAUGUGACGAAGAAGGAUUUAGGGUUGUACACAUGUUACGUCAGUAACCACAUAGGCAAGGACUACGUCAGCGCAUUCCUGAGCGAAAAGAUUAUACCAACAACCACUCGGCCUGUUAUACUAGUGCCAACUAAAAAAUCCAAGCUCAAUGUGAACACGAGCUCUUCAGAGGUAUCCCCGACAGUGGCAGAACUCAGUUCCUCGAGCUUUAACCCGAGCAGCAGAGUGGUUCUCGCAAUGAUGGGUGUAGUUCUGGUUAUCGCAAUCAUCGGUGGGCUCGCUGUUUAUUACUUUUAUCGACGAAAAUUACGAGGACACCGAUCAAAGGGAGAAAAAACAAUUGAGCUGAAGCUUCCUGAAGGUUUAUUACCCGAGACUCUUAUCAAUGAGCCGGAUACACCAACUUCUAUUGACGCCCCGAUUAGAACGUUCCCAUACGCGAAUUCCAGAACUAGAAUAGGCUCUACAGGUUCUGCCAAUUCAAGCACACCUUUGAUAAGAUAUAGAAAUGGUAGUUACAGGUCGAGAUUUUCGUCAGGGGUCUCGUCUCGCCUGGACUCAUCAAGCGUCAUCACAGAAGAUUUCUAUGAGCUCCCAAUAGACGAGGACUGGGAGAUUGACAGAAGUCAGAUUACCAUCAAGGAACAGCUGGGCGAGGGCGCGUUCGGAUUGGUCAUGAAGGCAGAGGCCCUGGGGCUCACAGACAUGCCUUAUAGGCACACUGUUGCUGUCAAGAUGUUAAAGGCUGAUGCCACUGAGAACGAGCUAGCUGACUUACUGUCUGAGAUGGACACCAUGAAGAAUAUAGGCUCUCACAAGAACAUUAUCAACCUUAUUGGAGCCUGCACUCAAAACGGUCCUUUGUAUGUUGUGGUGGAGUUCGCUCCUCAUGGCAACUUGCGUCAGUUUCUAAGGGAAAGGCGGCCCUCUGACUACCACCGCUCUCGCUCUGACUCAUCAACGCACUCGCAACCGUCCCUCAUCGUCAGGGAUUUUAUCUCGUUCGCUUUCCAGAUCGCUCGAGGCAUGGAAUACUUAUCGUUCAAAAAGUGCAUUCAUCGUGAUCUUGCUGCCAGGAACAUUUUAGUAGGAGAAGACUAUGUCAUGAAAAUAGCUGAUUUUGGUCUGGCAAGAAAUGUCAGAGACAUGGAUUACUACAGGAAAGCCACUGAUGGUCGACUUCCUAUUAAGUGGUUAGCUAUUGAGGCCUUGUUUGACCGCGUUUACACGACACAAAGCGAUGUGUGGACAUUUGGAAUCCUGCUGUGGGAGAUAUUUACUCUGGGCGGAUCACCGUAUCCUGGGAUUCCUGUUGAGAAGCUGUUUGAGCUGCUGAAGUCAGGUUACAGAAUGCAGAUGCCUCAAAAGUGUCCAGACAAAAUGUAUGAUAUCAUGUUGAGCUGCUGGAAUGAGAACCCAAACGCCCGCCCCUCGUUUACUGAGUUGCGAGCGGAGUUCGAUAAGAUGCUCACCUCCAUGACAGAUAAGGAGUACUUGGAAAUUCUGGCUAAGUCGGUGGACCACGUAGCUGGCGAAAUGGAGGCCCCGAUAACAGACGAGUCGGACACAAACACAGACACAUUCACAGAGUCGUCGUGCUAGUCGAUGGUCUUUUUACAACCAGAUAUCUUCCUGGACACCUUUCCUGGUCAGCACUUCCUAUCAAGCUAAGUGAUCCCAACAAAAACAUACGAAAACCCUGGUUGGAGACAUGAAUCUGCAGUCCUUGGUGAAAUUGCACUAACGACAAAAGACAUAAAGACAUAAGGGGUAUCAACAUCAAGCGAUAUUAGUGCCUGGAUAUCCACAAUUAUGGGACGACGAGUGGAAGCAAACGGAACAUUUGGACGAUGUUGCAAUGUGGACACUUUUGCAAGCACAAGUUGAAAUGAACCCGCUUUAUCCACAAUGAAAGUACACGGAUGUGACAAUUCAAGCUCCCGGAACACGUACAAAUAUGCGCAUUGUUGUCAUGUUUAACUUGCUAGCAGAGAGUUACCAGAAACGCGGAAAAUGGAAUACGAAUCAUCAGAAAGAUGUGCAAAUAUGAUCUCUAAGCCUCCUAACCGCCAGACGGGUCAAUAAUAGAUCGUUACUAAGCGACUUAGAUCAACGGAUAGACACCAGACGAUGACAUACGACAAAGUGAAAGCCAGUGUGUAGAACUAUCGGAGUAUGAAUCCUGAGCACUGAGCGGAGCACUCCGUGCCGCGUGGCUCCGCCUUUGAAAAAAAAAAGUAUUUAAAAUCAGAAACUAAAACAGUAAUCUCAACCAAAUCAUGUACAAACCGAGGGGAAAGGUCUCUCACCGCCUACAAAAUUAUGAACGAUUCUUAUUUUUUUUCUUUGCAAAGAAUAAAUAAGAUUUGAAUUAGCAAGCAAACAUAUAUCAAAAGUUGAAACUUCCAUUCAUAGAGGAGAUCGACAGAUAAUUGAGAUGAGAAAACACAGUCAAUAAUAUGUAAAAAUCUUGUAUAAUUAAUUGAAAUAUAAUUAGCUAGUUCUUUAGGCUGGUUCUUACACGGCUCUCCCAUUUGCACGGACGGUCGAUAUAGUGUGGUCGGUAACACAAACAGUUACACGGAAACUGACGGUUUUCUCUCGCAUCUGGUCACUAUAUACAGGUCCCAUUCGCAUGGGCCCAAAGGACCCUAGAAAAUAUUCUUUUUUGGCAUUUAACAAAACGUGAUUAUCGAUAUUAAAAACGUCGACCCGAUAAAAAUGCCCCAACUUAUAUGCAAACGGUUGAACCCAAACGUUGAUCGAAAAAAAUGGCAAAAAUUAAACGACAGCAGCAAAAAGUAACAUUUUUCUUGUAUAAAGUAUUACCAAAAAUAUACAGAAUUGCAGUGGUUAUGUAGAUUUUUAAAAUAGAUAAAUAUUCAAUGCCAGUGCCUUAAGCGAGGAGCAAGAAAGCUCCCAAAAAGCUAACUUUUGUUUCAGACCCUUCAACUCUUACUUUUGGCACCGCAGUGGCGGUAAACUCUAGAUUAAGACAAGUGGUUAGGGAUCUGAAACAAGAGUACAUGGAAUGGCCCUUACGUUGAAUAAGAGAGUUUGUAAAUAUAGUGUUUAUUACAGAAAACAAAAUAAAAUAUUUUGAAAAAUAAAA